AUGACGCGCAAGUUCUGGGAGCGCAUGAGCGGCGCUCAACUCAUCUUCAUGGUCAACUUUAUCGUGGCCUGGGGCAUUUUCUUCGAAGGGUGGAAUCAGGGAAGCAUGGGAUUUGUUAACAGCACCCCGACAUCCAACAUCGUCGCUAUUUAUUACCUCGGUGCCACUAUUGGCGGUCUUCGGGGCGGCCACGUUGCCGACCAGUAUGGCCGUGUUAAAGCGGUGAUAUUAGGGGUGCUAUUUGUCCUUCUUAGUGGAUCGCUAAUAGCCGUAGCCGAAAACAUCGCCUAG